GUCUGGUCUCUCAUGAACUUAGAUACAGUAACGAGUUGUAUGGCAAACUUCGUGACGAGCAAUCUGCUUAUCAUACUCAAUGGAAUAAUCUCAGAUGUGGUCACAAUAUUGCGAAUAUAUGCCGUCACAGGCGGCGACCGACGGCCUGUUAUGUUCCUCACACUACUUGCCGUCUUCAACGUGGUUUCAAACGUCUACAGUUCAUUCCAGUAUCAUAUUAUCUGUUCAUGUUGAAUAGGACAGCCA